AGAAGGACCGGAUCCGAGACUGAAUCCGGCUGAACAUAUCGGAGCUUUGAUCUCAGCCCAUAGUUACCUUCUCCGGAGAUUCCUUUCUUCUUCUUACGGAGGAAGCUUCAAUCGUCACUUCCUGCAACAACUAAUACACACACUGAAUUCUAGAUCUCCGCCUAAUCAAACCCUAGACAUCCCUACAAAAAUCCACAAAUUGCUUGAACAAAACCACUCUGGAUCAUCCCUACCUCGCAAUUUCAGAUCCACACUAUGUCCUGCCUAGCUCUCUCUCUCCAACCCGCCAACGGAUCCGACAUCCUCAUCCAGACCCGGGAGUGGUUCCCGCCUGCACGCGCCCUUGUCGCCACCUCCGCCUUCCGGAAAACUCGCUUAGCAUUUGCCGCCACCAAACAUAACCCUAACAACCCCAACCACCUCUAUUCCGAUGAUUCUGCUGCCGAAUCCAUCGGCGAUGACCCCCUUGCCGCUUCUAGCGGUCAGCUUAUUGUUGGCGUUGAGAGCCGUUACCGUGUCGUUUACCGCCUAGUCAAUGGAAUCUACGUGCUGGGCAUCACCACUGCCGAUCAGGACAAUUCCAUCAACGUAUUUGAGUGCAUCCACAUCGUUAAUCAAUCCGUCAGCGUCAUUGUCACCGCUUGCCGAGGCGUAGAUGUCACACCUGAAAAGCUGAAUCGAAAAUAUGCGGAGAUCUACAUGGCGUUGGAUAUUGUACUGCGUGGUGUGAGUAAUAUUAGACUUGCGGCUAUGCUCGCGUCGAUGCACGGAGAUGGUAUUGCUAAAAUGGUUCACUCUGCUUUAGAUACAGAGAAUAAAAUUCGAGGCGCUGAAACUUGGCCUGCAGUGGAAGUGCACGCUGUUGAGCAUCAGGCCAGCAUAGAUGCAUUUUCGAGUGUAAGAUUUGAGUUGCCAGCGGAGACGAUUGCUGCAGGGGAUGAGGUUGCGGCAAGUCUUGCACCCGUGGCAAGUGAGCAGCAGGAUCAGAAGCCAGAGAAACAGGAGGAACCUGAGGCACCAAAAGAUCCGUUUGCGGCAAGUGAUUCAAUAAACAAGCAGGAAGAUUUGGUGGGUGAAUUUAAGAAGGAUAAGAAUCAGUCAUCAGAUUUAUCAGUUGCAUUGGCGGGGCUGGAAGUGACUACCUUGCCACCUGCAGAGGCAACGCAAGCUACACAUAUAAGCGUGGAGGGAUUUGAAGGGGAUUAUGGUGGCAUUGAGUUCAGCGGCGAGCAGGCUUCUUUGGGAGAAACUUUUGAAGGGUUCAGUGAUGCUUGGGGUGGAGGAUUGGAUGCUUCCGAGUUUGUUGGACCAAAGAAAAUCCCAAAACAACAAGGUCUUGGUGGACUUGAAUUGCUGCAAACUGGGGAUAGUGGUGAUAAGGCUGCUGCAGCAAAGGCUGCAAGUGGAGCAGCAGGUACUCCUCUUGAGAAUCAACUGGUUCAGAAAACCGAAAUGAAAGGUCCUGAAAUGUACAUUGUUGAAGAAAUUAGUGCAGAGUUUAGGGAGUCAUUGCUUGCUAGAGUUGGAUUAAUGGGUGUUGUUUACUUGAGAACAUUGCCGCCAAAAACUGCUGGUGACAAAGAAACUGAGUUUUCAUUUCGGGUUGAUAACACAAGUGCAGUUAAAAGAUUCGUUAUGCAGAGUUCAAAGGUUAGCAGCCUGGGUAAUGGCAUGUUUCAUGUGAGGACUGCACCAUCCGAAGAGCCUUUACCAAUAUUGAAGUAUAGUCUGCUGCCUAGAUUAACCCCAUUGCCAUUGAGAGUUCGUCUCAUACAGCGUCGUAGUGGGACUUUACUUUCGGUGAUGAUUCAGUAUGCUUCAAACCCAGACUUGCAAGUGCCACUUAGUGAUGUAACAUUUAUUUUGAAAUUACCAGUUGACCCAACAUUGCUGAAAGUUUCUCCUAAAGCUGUGUUGAAUAGGGCUGAGAGAGAAUUAAAAUGGCAUGUCCCAGAGAUUCCACUCAAAGAUUCUCCUGGGAAGUUGAGGGCAAGGAUGCCUGUCGAUUCUAGUGAGGGAGAGGGUGAUGAAGAAAUUGAGGCUUUUGGUUAUGUUAAAUUUUCCAUGCAAGGGACUACUUCAUUAUCUGGGGUCUGUCUACGGACUGCUACUGAGGGUAAAACAGACUUUUAUGAGGUUAGUCACAGUUAUCAGAGUGGGGUUUAUACGUGCAAUUGACAAAUAAAAUAACUUGGCUGCUUGGUUACAGAUUGUUGUGCUUCAGUUUCUCUUCUUUCUGUUAAAAUAAGUUUUGUGUUUUCUGUAUGGUUGUAGCAUUCUUUGAUAUUUUGAGUUUGCAACUUAGAUUGAGAUUCAUGUGAAAAUUUAAGGCUGUAUGUUAUUAGCUGGUGAUUUAUGUUAAUGAAUGGUAGAUUUUGUUCCUU